AUGUCCAGAGAAACCAUCCAGUCAGCCGACUCCAGGCCCAACCAGCCUUCUCUCGGAUUCUUCUCCAGGACCCAACCCGGACUCUCCAAAAGUUGCCGCGGGGCCUUCCGAUCCCCUCGGCCAUCUCCCAAGUCUGGCCAGGCUGAUGGGGCCAUUGAGGAUUCUCAGCAGCUUGACAUUCAGAAACUGAAGGAGAAGAGGGACAUGCUGGACAAGGAGAUCUCCCAAUUAGUAUCUGAAGGCUACAGUGUGGAUGAACUGGAGGACCACAUCUCCCAGCUCCACGAGUACAAUGACAUCAAGGAUGUAGGCCAGAUGCUGCUGGGCAAACUAGCAAUUAUCCGAGGUGUCACCACCAAAGAGUUAUAUCCAGAAUUUGAUCUAGAUGUGAAUGACUGA